AUGUUGGUGAAAUUUAUUUUCCCAUCUUUAAGAUCCGAUAAUAAUCUUGAAGUCUGUCGAAUUCAGUAUUAUGGUUCACCGAAAUCAAUGAAUCUGGAGUGGAUUGCUAAAGCUAUAUUUAAAAUUACUAAUUUAAAACGUGACACAGUGUUCAGUUUGUAUUAUUACGGUGUUGACGAAUUUGUACAAAUUAUAUCAAAAUCAUGUAUAAAAAGAAUGAUGAAAAAUUUCAGCAAUAAUAAUCAAAUUUGUCGAAUCUAUGCUAUACCACAUCCAUACAAAGACAAGAAAUGCUUAAAUUCAUUUUUUAGUUUUUGUAAAGCUGAUGAUUUACCGAAUAUUUUAUUGAAUCCACCAAUUGUAGAGGGUAAUGCUAAUAAAAAUAAUCAAUCAAAUAUUGAUCAAGUAUGGUUAAAUACACCGUGUAAAUUAUGUGAUAAAGUGAAUUGGUUAGAUGAAAGAUAUACAUGUUUAUUUUGUACAAAUAUUGUCCUAUGUAAAGAAUGCUUUCAUACUAAUUAUCAUAAUGAACACCCUAUGCUGUGUACACGAAAUACUAAAUUAUUUUCACAAAAAUUAUUACAACUUUCACGUUUAGCUGUUGCCUCUGUACCGUGGAAUAAUAAUGUUUUACCUAGAAUAACUAACAAUAAUAAUAAUACUAAUAAUACUACUACUAAUAAUAAUAACAAUAAUAGUAAUAAUGGUAAUAAUAAUAAUAAUUCAAACAAUGAUGCAGAUUACAACCAAUCAAUAAAUCCACCAAUUAAUAUAAUAAAACAAACAAAAGACAUUGAACACAUUGUACAAAAACAUGAACAUCAUAAUAAUAGUAGUAAAAGACGAAAGUUAAAAUUAUUUAAGAAAUCAAACUGAUGAAAACUUCUAAUAAAAAAUAUAUAU